UUCUUUCCGUUUUCUACUUGCGAAAUGGCUUCCUCCGUUCCGGACGAGAGAAGGAAAAAAAAUCAAAGUUGGCAUCCACGAAAUCAACACGUAGCGCCUUUGGCCCGAGGAGCGGAGUCGGCGGCGGGCCACCGUAUGACCGAGAGAGACAGCGCAUGCUAAGUAGUUCCGCAAGAUGGCCCUUCCGUCUCCACACGUUGGCGUUUGCUCCAAUGCCAGCCAAUCACCGAAUUUGAUUGGUCGGAGGUAGACGGGACGCUCACUACAACGAGAGACGUCACGUGACCUCGCAGACAAAUCAGUGCCGGAUUGAAGAUGAGAAUCCACGACCAAGCACGGGAAGAAGAUGAUGGAACCGGGAAAGACCACCAGACAGUGUGCUGUCACGUCGCUAAUGGAUCGAGAGACGACGUAAGAGCCAAAGAAGCCUCCAUGGCUACAGGGGGGUCGUUGGGCUCACGCAGAAGGGGUAAAUGCAAGUGGUUCAACGUAGCUAAAGGCUGGGGCUUCAUCACACCCUACGACGGAGGACCGGAUGUAUUCGUACACCAAUCCGUAAUCAAAAUGUCUGGCUUUAGAAGUCUGGGAGAUGACGAGGAAGUGGAGUUCGAAUGCAAAGUUUCGGAUAAAGGUCUGGAAGCUACCAUUGUCACGGGUCCCAAUGGACAGGAUUGCAAGGGUUCACAUCGACGCCCCAUGUCCAAGAAAAGAUUUAGAAAAAUCAGGUGCUACAACUGCGGAGAAUUUGCCAAUCACAUAGCAGCCAAAUGCACCUUGGGUCCACAGCCCAAGCGUUGCCAUCAUUGUAAAUCUGUCGAUCAUCUUAUAGCGGAAUGUCCUCUUUUAGAAGAAAAAAAGAAGACGAAAAACGGAGACAGCAGCACCAACAACAAUAAAGACGGCUCUAAUAACCACAGGACUGCUACGGAAGCGCACGACGUGCCAGGCAGCAGUGGAACGAGCACGGAGAAAAGGAAGGUUUAGCCCGAGGCAUCAGUACUGCGCAUCCGAACUUACUAUCAAUUUUUCCAGGGUCUUCUGGGUGGAAACGAACACGGUACCAUCCAAAUCCCACUGGUCCUUCUUUGUCCUCUUUAGGAACAUUUCGAACGGGACCGUGGUCACGUGAUAGUUGCGUACACUCAAAGUGACUGUCGAACAAUUUUAACAUUGCGCACCUCAUUAAGAAGUCAUCGUCUGUGAAUUUGAUGUUUUUAAGUGUUUUGCUAAAGAAAAUAGCCUUCGGCACGACGGACGAGAAGAACUUGAACUUUAUUGAUAAUAACUAGCAUGUUUAUCAAACGGCAUCUAGUCCGGUGAUGUGUCCAUAUACCACUUAAAAUAAGGGUAGAGGAGAGCUGCACCGGCAGCCAAAUCGGGUCAUUGUGAACAGAUUGCUUAAUUAAUUCCCAUUUUCGUAGCCCCCCAAAAGGAGCAGCGCAUCUUCAGAAAACUGCCAAACGUUGCUCAAUGAUUUUAUUUAUUUAGGUUUCAAAUUUUUGGUUGAGUUAGUCGAGAUAGUCUCAUCCAAAAUUUCAAAGGGUAUUCUCCCUACCCUUCGGUUUAGUAUUUUAUUGCGGAGCGUGUUUUGCCGGAAAGCACGGUUAAUUCCGUGGUUGGUUGAAGUUCCUAUAUAAAUAGAUGAGGUCGGAAGUCAACAUAAUCAGAUCAGUACAUAUCAUUUCUGUGUAUGGAGUGAGUAGCAGAUUAGGUACAACGGGUCACCAUGGCAACUGAGUGAUUGAGACAGGCAGAAUUGUGGCAAUCACUAUUCACCUUGAAUAUCGUCCUUCGGAAAGAAGUGAUAUCCCUCUCAGCUGAAAGCUGUCCUAGUCGUAAGUAUUUCCUCGUGUACUUACUCCCCCUAACCUCUCUUCCAUAUGUAAGCAGAUACUAUAUUGGUCUUCCUCGUUACUGAGAUGUGUGUGAUAGAACAUUCUUAACAGUACUUAAUAUGUAGUCCUGUUCCUAAAUGCUUUCUACUGCUAGACGGCAGUCCUCGAUGGUUUCACGAUUUCCGAUUCUGUUACGCAAUAAUUUAAUAACCGAUUUGAAUUUCUACUUCAUCUGAUCGGUCUGUCGACGAUCAUUGCUCACAAACAGGAGAAAUGGUUUGAACCCACCAGUGCCUCUAUGUUCUGCCCAAUUCUUUUGGCUUUUCAUCUUUUAUUUUAAAAACUUGUGUUUGGUAACAGAGUUUAGAUGAGAACACCCGUUCUUAUCGGUUAAGGGACAACCCUCCAUACGCCCUAAAUCUUUAUAAAAUUUUAAAUCUGUCCCGAGAGAAUCAAAAUCUCACUGGAUAAGAAGAGAGUUAUCUUCUGAACUUAACCGAGCACAGAUCUUUGCCAUAAAUAAACUUGCUGAUAAUUUAAUGUGACCCUGUUAGUUCCGAUAUACAGAAUCCAGACGUGAGACCACAGCAGUUGAAACUGUUACGUACCUAACUGCAGUUUUGUACAGAAAUUCAUUGUUCAUUUCCUGUUUGUAUCAUGAAGGAGAAAAAUAAAAAUUCGUAUUUCAAAGGAGUGCAUGCCUUUUUUUAUCGUUACUUCAGAAUAACGUGAUCUAGAAAAUCGAUAUUUUGGUGAAAUCAUACAGCAAUCUGCCCACCUCCACUUCAAGCAGCAUUCAUAUCAUUGGUAGUUGGAUAGAUCACUAGUUCGCGACGUCUAUAAUCAAUAAGACCCUACGUACUGUACUGUACUUCACUAGCAAAGCUGUGCUCUUGGUCCUUAUGCUUGUCACUGGGCUCGCGCAAUAUCCUCCCACGCUCAGUACCAAUUCACCGGAAGCUGGUUCGUGUUCUAUAGUUUGACGUUUUUUACUCGGAUAAAUGGUCGAUAGAAGACUUGAACCAUGCCAAACACGAAUAAUUGGCGUGACGUCUUGGGGCAGGUUAUGGUUGUUAAAGUAUAAUUAAUAUAGACAAGCGCAUCCGCCAUCUUUGUGUAACUUCACAAGGUCGAAGAAUACAAUUGUUCUUUUGGAUUGCAUAAUUUUAGAAGGAUUUUAAGCGUAAAAUACCAUGAAAAGAACCUAUCCUGUUCUCGAAAGAACUUCAAAACAGGCCUAUUCAGAAUUAUUCCAAUAACAAGAACCUAUAAAUAUUCUGAUAAGGUAAGCUAUUAUAUUGUGGACGUUAACGUGUUAUAUGAUUUGUUUUCUAGUUACAUCGCAUCGCUUUUAAUUACAACGCUCAUUUCUCAUUUUCAUUUAAUUGUUCUCAAUUGUAUAUAUGACAUUUUCUCUUGCUACACGACAAUUAGAUCGUGAUAAAGCCACAUUUCUCGUAACUUUAUCGAGUAUUCGUUUAAUAUGAAAAAAUAAAGCAUUUCUAAAGAUUUAAUGUAAAAAAUUUACUAAGA